GGGGCCGGGGCCAGCGGGGGCGGGGUCACGGGGCCGACUCCUGGGCUCCCGCCCGCUGCCCGCCUCGGCCCGGAUCCCCGCCGCGUCCUCAGCGCCACCGAUGGCCGGGAAGGCGCUGUCGCUCCUGCCACCGCUGCUGCUGGCCACGGCGGGCCUCGCCGGCCUCCUGCUGCUGUGCGUCCCCACCCGCGACGUCCAGGAGCCGCCCGCCCUCAAGUACGGCAUCGUGCUGGAUGCUGGCUCUUCACACACAUCUAUGUUUAUCUACAAGUGGCCGGCAGACAAGGAGAAUGACACAGGCAUUGUGGGGCAGCACAGCUCCUGUGACGUUCAGGGUGGGGGUAUCUCCAGCUAUGCAGACGACCCUUCCAAGGCAGGACGGAGCCUGGUGGAAUGCCUGGAACAGGCCCUGCGGGAUGUACCCACAGAGAGACAUGCUGCCACACCCCUGUACCUGGGCGCCACAGCAGGCAUGCGCUUGUUGAACCUAACCCGACCAGAGGCCUCAGCCAGUGUGCUGGCUGCAGUGACACAGACGCUGACCCAGUACCCCUUCGACUUUCGGGGGGCACGCAUCCUGUCGGGCCAGGAUGAGGGAGUGUUUGGCUGGGUGACUGCCAACUAUCUGCUGGAGAACUUCAUCAAGUAUGGCUGGGUAGGCCGGUGGUUCCGGCCAAGGAAGGGAACCCUGGGGGCCAUGGACCUGGGAGGUGCAUCCACCCAGAUCACCUUCGAGACGACUCAGCCAGCCGAGGAUCCUGCCAAUGAGGUCCACCUUCGGCUCUACGGCCAGCGCUACCGAGUCUAUACCCACAGCUUCCUCUGCUAUGGCCGAGACCAGGUCCUCCAGAGGAUGCUGGCCAGUGCCCUCCAGACCCACCGCUCCCACCCUUGCUGGCCAAGGGGCUACUCCACCCAAGUGCUGCUCGGGAAUGUGUACCAGUCACCCUGUACCGGGGCUCAGCGGCCCCAAGCCUUCAACAGCAGCGCCAGGGUCACUGUGUCGGGCACCAGUGAUCCUGAGCUCUGCCGUGGCCUGGCCACGGAGCUCUUUAACGUCUCCUCCUGUUCUUUCUCCCAGUGCUCCUUCAACGGGGUCUUCCAGCCCCCACUGUCUGGGAGCUUCAUCGCCUUCUCUGCCUUCUACUACACCGUGGACUUCCUGCGGACCGUCAUGGGACUGCCCACCGCUACUCUGAAGCAGCUGGACGCCGCCGCGGUGACCACCUGCAACCAGACCUGGGCUCAGCUGCAGGCUCGGGCGCCAGAGCAGAAGGCCCGCCUGGCUGAUUACUGUGCCGGGGCCAUGUUCGUGCAGCAGCUGCUGAGCCGUGGCUACGGCUUUGACGAGCGCAAAUUCAGCGGUGUGGCCUUCCAGAGGAAGGCAGCGGACAGCGCGGUGGGCUGGGCGCUGGGCUACAUGCUGAACCUCACCAACCUGAUCCCCGCCGACCCACCGGGGCUGCGCAAGGGCACGGCCUUCAGCUCCUGGGUGGUUCUCCUGCUGCUCUUCGCCGCCUUGCUCCUGGCGGCGCUUGUCCUGCUGCUGCGCCGAGUGCGCUCCACCAAGGCGCAAAAUGUCAUCUAGGGGCGCGUGUGGGGGCAGUUGUCCCGGAUCCCACCCCGCAGCACCUCGCUCCGUAGUAGCCGCCCCACAGUACCCCGCUCCAGCACCCCUGGGGGCCGCGGAACCCAGACUCUGCCACCGACACCCACAGGGGUCCUGGGUGGCCAGAGGAGACCAGCACCCCUCCGAUCCCCAGAGUCCCCAGCCCCUGCGUCCAGGCUUUGCCUUAACACUUCUCUUUUUGGGGUCAAGGCCCCUCAUCCUGUGACUCAGAGCAGGGUCUCCAGGGAGUGGGGCCUUUAUGGGCUCAUCAGGGCCCUAGACCCCCUCCGUGGAGUCCAGGCCUGCCGUGGGGAGGGCCAGAGCCCACAGGCAGGAGCCAGCCUAGCGCCUGAGUGUAAACAUUUUGUAAUAAAAGGUUUUUCCUAGA